AUGGAUAAGAUGAAACAGAGCAGAGCAGGAGGUAGGCUAGAAGGGCCCAGCCCCAUACUUCCUUCACUGAAUGACCUCUUUAAGCCAGAAACUUUAGAGAGCCAGAGUCUAUACCAGCCAGAGAGUAGCGUGUCUUCAUCAUUUUCAAAAGUCUUCAAAAUCAAGAAAGUCAACAGAGAAGGAUUUGAGAACUUAAGUGAUAUUUCUGAAUCCUUAUCUAUUGAAGAAAAGAGACGUAAAGGACGGAUUCGGGCUAAGAAUUCCAGAAUUCGUAGAAAAAAUUACCUAGUCGAGCUACAGAAUAAAAUCUGAGCUCUUGAGAAAGAAAAUUUCAGACUUCAGAAUUUACUGAUAGCAUAUAGAAGGGAGAAAUUUGAGAAUGUUUCUUCAGUGACCCAAAGUUUCGCGAAGGAUAUGGAUCGCAUUAGGAAAUAAAACGAUACAAAAAUUCAUAGAUCCAACUAAAAUGCAGGCUAAGGAAGGAAUGCAAGAUGCUAUUGCUACAGAUUUCCGAAAAUCUGGCUUAAAAAUUAUGGAAAAUCAUCAAAACUUUUUAGAUAGGGUAUUUGAAAUGUUGAUAAACCAUCCCUAUCCAACACCGAGAUUCAGUUAUUGGAAAGAGCUAGGGCCUGUGUACAACACUGAUUACAGUCUCAUAAAGAAGUUACAGAGGAUCUCAAAAUUUGAAGAACCAGGCUUUAUCAAAGAGCAUGGAUUAACAGAAAUGGAUCAGGUUAUUGCUUCAAUGUCUCCAAAUAAGAAGCAAUUUGAAUUCUUAAGAGAUGUCAGACUUAAGAAAGAAUUCAAAAUUAAAACUAUCUAUAAAGAAGGAAUCAGUUAUCUCUGCAAAGCAAAGAGCUUAUUUGAAAAAGCUACUGUUGAACUAUGAGCCCUUACAAGUUUUCUCUCAAAAUGAAACAUUUUCUCGGAUUCCCAAAUUAUUAAUGCUCGACUAAAGGACGGAUUCUUCAAUAAGGAUGAUUCAUUCACAGGAAUAUGGCAGAUAAAGGUUUCUCAAAAGCCUUAUCACUAUGAUAUGGCUGCUGAUGAGAUAUAUGGACACUUAGCUGCAAAGCUAAUCCCUCGGGAAGAGCAACAAAUUAGGUUUACUUAUAAUGAGUAUUCAUUACCAUCAUAG